GCAGGUGCUACUGACACCUGGUGCACAGAGGCCAGGGGUCCUGCUAAACACCCUGCGGUGUGCAGGACAUGCCCGCGGCAGAGUUGUCCUGCCCAGAGUGUCCCUGUCAGAGCCAGGGCGGAGAAACCCCGCCUCGACAGGGAAGGUAAAGGCUGCUACAAGGUGGACUUACAUCUCAGAACAGGUCUUGAAGGAGGAGGUGUUGACAGGAAGAAGACGAAAGGAGGAAAACCGCGGCAGGCGGACGGCGUGUGGCCGACUUAGGAAGUGCACGGCUGCCCGUGACGCGCCGCCGGCCCGCGAUGGAGGAGUGAAGCCCGCGCGACGCCGCUUCCAGCCCGCGGAGCCCGCCGGAAGCCAGUCCCCGGAGAGGAGCGCGCCCCGAGCGAGCGCGGUGGCCGCCUGGUCCAGGAAUGUUUACCCUUGCGGAGGUUGCUUCGCUCAAUGACAUCCAGCCGACUUACCGGAUCCUGAAACCAUGGUGGGACGUGUUUAUGGAUUACCUGGCUGUCGUCAUGCUGAUGGUAGCCAUCUUUGCGGGAACCAUGCAGCUUACCAAAGAUCAGGUGGUCUGCUUGCCGGUACUGCCGUCUCCUAUAAAUUCAAAGGCACACACGCCCCCGGGAAGUGCCGACGUCACCACCCACAUCCCGAGGGCGGAAUCUGCCACAGAGCAAGGCCGAGACGGGCGGACGGCGAAGGAGAUUUCCUUUGGCGCAGCUGCUGUGACACCCGACAUGCCUCUCCGAGCCACGCACCCUCACGCAGACGCCACAGCUCCCGGUCAGGAGGCGAAGAAAGAGAAGAAGGACCCCGCAGGCCGAAAAACAAACCUGGACUUCCAGCAGUACGUGUUCAUUAACCAGAUGUGCUACCACCUGGCGCUGCCCUGGUACUCCAAGUACUUCCCGUACCUUGCCCUCAUCCACACGAUCAUUCUCAUGGUCAGCAGCAACUUCUGGUUCAAGUAUCCCAAAACAUGCUCGAAAGUGGAACAUUUUGUUUCAAUACUAGGCAAGUGCUUCGAAUCUCCCUGGACGACCAAAGCGCUGUCAGAGACGGCGUGCGAAGACUCGGAGGAGAACAAGCAGAGGAUGGCAGGUGCCCAGACUCUGCCCAAGCACGUGUCUACCAGCAGCGACGAGGGGAGCCCCAGCGCCAGCACCCCGAUGAUCAGCAAGACGGGCUUGAAGUUUUCAGCCGAGAAGCCGGUGAUCGAAGUCCCCAGCAUGACCAUCCUGGAUAAAAAGGACGGGGAACAGGCCAAAGCCCUGUUUGAGAAAGUGAGGAAGUUCCGCGCGCACGUGGAAGACAGCGACUUGAUCUAUAAACUCUACGUGGUCCAGACCGUUGUCAAAACGGCCAAGUUCAUCUUCAUCCUGUGCUACACCGCGAACUUCGUCAACGCCAUCAGCUUCGAGCACGUCUGCAAGCCCGAAGUAGAGCACCUGACAGGCUACGAGGAGUUCGAGUGCACCCACAACAUGGCCUACAUGCUGAAGAAGCUGCUCGUCAGCUACAUCUCCAUCAUCUGCGUCUACGGCUCCAUCUGCCUCUACACUCUCUUCUGGCUGUUCCGGAUCCCUCUGAAGGAGUACUCCUUUGAGAAGGUCCGAGAGGAGAGCAGUUUCAGUGACAUCCCCGAUGUCAAGAAUGACUUUGCGUUCCUCCUGCACAUGGUGGACCAGUACGACCAGCUCUACUCCAAGCGUUUCGGGGUGUUCCUGUCGGAAGUCAGCGAAAAUAAACUUAGGGAGAUUAGCUUGAACCACGAGUGGACCUUCGAGAAGCUGAGGCAGCACGUGUCGCGCAACGCGCAGGACAAGCAGGAGCUGCACCUGUUCAUGCUGUCGGGGGUGCCCAACGCCGUCUUUGACCUCACGGACCUGGACGUGCUGAAGCUCGAGCUGAUUCCAGAGGCUAAAAUCCCUGCGAAGAUUUCUCAGAUGACUAACCUCCAAGAGCUUCACCUCUGCCACUGCCCUGCAAAAGUGGAGCAGACCGCUUUCAGCUUUCUGCGCGAUCACUUGCGAUGCCUUCACGUGAAGUUCACGGAUGUGGCUGAAAUCCCCGCCUGGGUGUAUCUGCUCAAAAACCUCCGGGAGUUGUACUUGAUCGGCAACUUGAGCUCCGAAAACAACAAGAUGAUCGGGCUUGAGUCCCUCCGGGAGCUGCGGCACCUGAAGGUCCUCCACGUGAAAAGCAACUUGGCCAAGGUUCCCUCCAACGUGACCGACGUGGCCCCGCACCUUACCAAGCUGGUCAUCCAUAAUGACGGCACGAAGCUCUUGGUACUGAACAGCCUUAAGAAAAUGAUGAACGUGGCCGAGCUCGAACUCCAGAGCUGUGAGCUCGAGAGGAUUCCACAUGCGAUUUUCAGCCUCUCCAACUUACAGGAACUGGAUUUAAAGUCAAACAACAUCCGCACAAUCGAGGAAAUCAUCAGUUUCCAGCAUUUGAAACGACUGACUUGCUUGAAAUUAUGGCAUAAUAAAAUCGUCACCAUUCCUCCCUCCAUCACCCACGUCAAAAACCUCGAGUCACUUUAUUUCUCUAACAACAAGCUCGAGUCCUUACCCGUGGCAGUGUUCAGUUUACAGAAACUCCGAUGUUUAGAUGUAAGCUACAACAACAUUUCCGUGAUUCCUGUAGAAAUAGGGUUGCUUCAGAACCUGCAGCAUUUGCACGUCACGGGGAACAAAGUGGACGUUCUGCCAAAGCAGUUGUUCAAAUGCGUCAAGUUGAGGACUUUGAACCUGGGGCAGAACUGCAUCACGUCCCUCCCAGAGAAGAUCGGGCAGCUCUCCCAGCUCACGCAGCUGGAGCUGAAGGGGAACUGCUUGGACCACCUGCCAGCCCAGCUGGGCCAGUGCCGCCUGCUCAAGAAAAGCGGGCUUGUUGUGGAAGAUCACCUUUUUGACACCCUGCCCCUGGAAGUCAAAGAAGCAUUGAAUCAAGACAUAAACGUUCCCUUUGCAAACGGGAUUUAACCCGAGACGACGCACGCGCUCCCGCGUGCGGGAGCAGCUUCCUGGACUGCAGGCGCUCAUGUGCCAGUUACCGCAAGACAUGCGUUUUAGGAGUAGGUGCAUCUUUGAACGUAAAACGCAGAGAGGAUGCAUAGAAGCUGGUAGAAGACGUCACUGAAUGUUCAAUGUUUGUAGUGUUUUAAGGUGUUCACUUCCAAAUCUUUUCUCGCUCUCUUUUUUUUUCUUUUGGGGAAAGGGAAGGAAAAAUUGUAAUCACUAAUCUUGGUUUCUUUUUAAAUUGUUUGUAACUUGGAUGCUGCCGCUACUAAAUGUUUACAAAUUGCUUGCCUGCUAAAGUACAUGAUUAAAUUGACAUUUUCUUACUCUGC